AUGGCUUCCAAGAGUAGAUCUUGUAAAAAUAAACCCGACGUAUUUUGCUAUAUCUGCGGUGAAUACACACUUGUUCAUAACAGGAAUCAAGUCACAUGUUUCAUAAAGCGUGCUUACCAUGCUUAUUUUGGUAUUAAACUUGGUGACCAGGAUAAAGAUUGGGCGCCACACAUGGUAUGCAAGGCUUGUACCGUGUAUCUGCGUCAGUGGACCAAGGGCAAGAAGACGUGUCUGAAGUUUGAAAUUUCCAUGGUUUGGCGGGAGCAGAGAAACCAUGACACUGACUGCUACUUCUGUAGCAUCGAUCUGACUGGGAUAAACAGAAAGAACCGAAGCAGCCUCGAGUAUCCUGAUUUGCAAUCCGCACGUCGUCCUGUAGCUCAUUGUGAUGAUAUUCCAGUACCUGUGUUUCACAAACUUCAAGACAUCAGUGAUGACGAAUCCUCCAGUGAUGAAGAUCAGGAAACAGAAGAAGAAUGGCCAGUUGUUGACGAUGAAACUCCACAGCUUUUUUCCCAACAGGAGCUAAAUGAUCUAAUUGAAAAAAAAAACCUCCUCUCUGGCUGUGCUCGCAUCACCCUGUACCGCAACAAGCAUCAAGAGUACCUCCAAUUUUUCUCGGAGGUGCAGGACUUGGUGUACUGCACAGAUAUUGCACAGCUUCUGCACCACCUGGGAGUGCCGCAGUACAAGCCCGAAGACUGGAGACUGUUCAUUGACAGCAGCAAGCGGUCACUGAAAUGUGUUCUACUGCACAACGGCAACCAGUUUGCCUCUGUGCCCCUUGCUCACUCUACUAAACUGAAGGAGAAGUAUGAAGCGGUGAAGUAUGUGCUGGAGAUGAUUCGUUAUGAUCAGCAUAAGUGGGUUAUUUGUGUCGACCUGAAGAUGGUGAAUUUUUUGUUGGGGCAACAAUCCGGGUUCACCAAAUACCCAUGUUUUCUGUGCAUGUGGGACAGUAGGGACACUGCUCACCAUUACACGAAGAAGGACUGGCCUGUGCGAGAGGAACUAGUGCCUUGCAGAGCAAAUAACGUUAUCAACAGCCCUCUGGUGGACAGAGACAGGAUACUCUUCCCACCACUGCACAUCAAGCUUGGCUUGAUCAAGCAGUUCACAAAAGCUCUAGACAAGGAAGGUGGCUGCUUCAAUUACAUGUGCCAGACAUUUCCGGGAGUAACCAUAGUGAAGUUAAAAGCUGGUAUCUUUGACGGUCCUCAAAUCCGUCGGCUCAUCAGAGAUCCAGAGUUUGAAAAGUCAAUGAACAAAGUAGAACAGGAAGCAUGGAAUGCUUUUGUUCUCGCUGUGAAAAACUUCCUUGGCAACAACAAGGCCAGAAACUAUGCUGAACUUGUCAACAAUAUGGUGACUGCUUUCAAAAAACUCGGAUGCAACAUGAGCAUCAAACUGCAUUAUCUAUUUUCACAUAUGGAUCGUUUUCCUGAGAAUCUUGGAUCAAUGAGCGACGAGCAGGGAGAGAGAUUCCACCAGGAGAUGAAGGAGAUGGAGACCAGGUAUCAGGGACGUUGGAAUGCCGUCAUGAUGGCUGAUUACUGCUGGACUCUAAAGAGAGACAUCCCAGAUGCUGAGCAUUCCAGGGUAUCCAAUAAACGGAAGUUCCAGCCCUAA